AAGAACUAGUGAACACUCCUCCCACCAUGGUGAAAAAUCCAAUUAUUUAUAAACCAAGAGGAAGACCAACUGGUGCAAAAAACAAAAAUAAAACAUCAGUACGAAGAGAUCUAUCUGCAUCUAAAUUGGCUAAAAAACAAUCAAGACAAUAUGGUAAAUGCCAUCAAACUGGCCACAAUUUCAGAAUAUAUCCAAAUGUGUAA